CUGGUAGAGAUUCGGCCAAUGUGAUUGUUUAUACAACCAAAAACUAUUCAUAUCCCUUCUCCACGUGCUUUCUCUCAUCUUUCCUUUUAGAAUGAUCGUUCUUAGGUCUGCCCUCCGGAAUGUGAUUCUUGUUUAUACAUCCAAAAGCUCUUCAUAUACCUUCUUCAUCCGUCACGUGCUCUCUCCUCUUCUCUCCUCAGACUUACUUUCACAGGUGACAGGUCUGCCUCCGUAUUCAAAUCGCGCUGACCCUAUUAGUAGCUUUGUAUUGACUGCUGGUUCCCUGAGGGUUUAUCGACUGAAAGCCGGGAUGAACUGGGGCGCUGUUUCAAUGGAGAUAACUCCAAAGCUUGCAAAUGUGGCAUUCUUCUUGCUGCUACUGACAUGGGUUUUGCUGGAGAUUUUGAGGAGGAGAGAAGGGGGUGGUAAUCAGUUGAAUGGAGCAUCAGACAGGAGGAAAUCCAAAUCCACAGCUUUUGCCAAGAUUACUAUUCUUUCUAGUUGGUUAAUCUCCAUUUUCUAUUUGGGGUUUUCUUGUUUUGAGUUCUUGAAUUCUAGGACUAUCUCUCUUGUAAAUGUAUUCUCUGCUUUGACUUGGAUCUUAGCUAGUUUAGUUGCUGUCUACUCAGACAAUAAUCCUACGAGGAAAUGCAAAAAGUGGCCUCUAGCACUUGUUAUUUGGUGGGUCUUCUCCUUUAUUUAUGAUUUACUUUUGGUGUCGUUAUACUUAAUGACCCAUUUCACGGCCAUAAAAGUGCCAGAGUUCCUGCCUGAAGCUAACAUUGUUGAUAUUGCGUCCUUCCCCUUGUUGGUUCUGCUCUGCUUCAAUAUUCUGCCCGUUAAAGAUUGUGAAAAAAGUAGAAACCAUGAUUUUGAACGUCCAUUAGUUCAACAAGAGGAAGAAAGUAUCCAUGAAAAUGCUCAACAAGAGGAAGAAAGUAUCCAUGAAAAUGCUGACGCCUUUUCCAAUGCCGGAAUUUGGAGUCGACUUGCAUUUCUUUGGCUCAAUCCACUCUUUGAGAAAGGCCGAGUUCAGAAACUUGAAUUAUCUCAUAUACCUUCUAUUCCUCAGUCUGAAACAGCUUCUUUUGCUUCUUCUUUGUUGGCAAGAUCACUUUGGAAGCAGAAAACUGAAACUUUGUCAUUGCCUAAAGCCAUAUUCCAGGCUAUCUGGAGACCGCUGGCUGUUAAUGGUGUCUUUGCAGGAGUCAAUACUGUUGCUUCCUACAUAGGUCCCUUUUUGAUCACAAGCUUUGUGGCUUUUUUAUCAACAACGCAUGACCAUUCAAGCUAUCACCAUGGACACAUUCUUGCGUUCAUUUUCUUCUCUGCAAAGACAGUGGAAUCGCUGUCUCAGAGGCAGUGGUACUUUGGGGCACAACGCAUUGGUACUCGAGUCAAAGCAGCACUGAUGGUAUUGAUAUACAAGAAGUGUUUGUCAAUCAAGUCCGGAGGGAUAAAUAAUGGCCAAGUCAUAAAUUCCAUCGCCGUGGAUGUGGAGAGGAUUGGAGACUUCUUUUGGUACCUUCAUGGAGUUUGGUUGCUUCCAGUUCAGGUCAUUUUGGCUCUAAUCAUUUUGUAUAGAAAUCUUGGUGCUGCUCCCUCUGUUGCUGCUCUCUUAGCAACAGUUGUGGUGAUGGCGAGCAACACGCCAUUGGCUAAUAUGCAAGAAAGACUCCAUAGCAAGAUCAUGGAAGCAAAGGAUUCAAGAAUCAAGGCUACUUCAGAGACCCUGAAGAGCAUGAGAGUCUUAAAGCUGCAUUCCUGGGAAUACAGCUUCUUGAAGAAGCUCCUUCAACUUAGGGAAACUGAGAGAAGUUGGCUGAAGAGAUACCUUUAUACAUGCUCAGCAGUGGCCUUUCUCUUUUGGGCUUCGCCAACUGUACUUUCAGUUGUGACCUUUGGUGUUUGCCUCCUGUUAAAAACACCGUUAACAUCAGGUACGGUCCUUUCAGCCCUGGCAACCUUCCGAAUUUUACAAGAACCCAUCUAUAACCUCCCGGAGUUGAUUUCUAUGAUUGCUCAAACAAAGGUUUCCAUUGAUCGGAUCAAAGACUUCAUUAAGGAAGACCAAAAGAAGUCACAACAGUUUCAUGCAUCAAAAGCAGGUGACGUAGCAGUUGAAAUUCCGACUGGGGAAUAUGCUUGGGAAGGAUGUAGUUUAGCAUCGAGGAAAUCCACCAUCAAAAUUGCUGAGGAAAUGAAAAUCAUGAAAGGUUACAAGGUUGCAAUUUGUGGCUCAGUUGGGUCUGGAAAAUCAAGCUUACUGUAUAGCAUACUCGGGGAGAUUCCUAGGAUUUCUGGGGCAGAUAUUAAGGUUUAUGGAUCUAAAGCAUUUGUUCCACAGAAGGCAUGGAUUCAAACAGGCACAGUCAGAGAGAAUGUGCUGUUUGGAAAGGAAAUGAACGAGCCCGUAUACAAGGAUGUUCUGAACGGAUGUGCCUUGAACCGGGAUAUUGAGAUGUGGGUUAACGGGGAUUUGUGUGUGGUGGGAGAGAGAGGAAUAAACUUAAGUGGAGGACAAAAACAAAGGAUACAAUUAGCAAGGGGAAUAUAUGGCAAUUCCGAAAUAUAUUUCCUAGAUGAUCCUUUCAGUGCCGUUGAUGCACAUACUGGGGCACACUUAUUCAAGAAUUGUCUACUUCAUCUUUUGUCCCAGAAGACAGUGCUUUAUGUAACACAUCAGUUGGAGUUCUUAGAGGCAGCAGAUGUUGUUCUGGUAAUGAAAGAUGGUAGGAUAGCUCAGUCAGGAAAGUAUGAAGAUUUGAUUGCAGAUCCUAAUGGGGAACUUGUCAAACAAAUGGCUGCUCAUAGAAAAUAUCUAAACCAAGUGAACCCUCCCAGUCACCAAAAAUCCUUGACAGACACAAAAAUUCUUGACAGAUCCCUUUGCGAAAAUCAAAUCGAGGCUGAAGAAGAGAAAUCUGGAGAAUGCACAAAAAGUGGCAGGCUUUUGGAGAGGAUUCAUGAAGAAGAAGCAGAAACUGGUCGAGUGAAAUGGCAUGUCUACUCAACCUUUAUCACCUCUGCGCACAAGGGAGUGCUUGUUCCAGUUAUCCUUCUCUGUCAGGUUCUCUUUCAGGUAUUGCAAAUUGCCAGCAAUUAUUGGAUUGCUUGGGCAACAGAUGAAAAAAGAAGGGUAAGCAGUGAGCAGAUAAUUGGGAUAUAUAGUCUAAUGUCCGGUGGGAGCUCCAUUUUCAUACUGGGGAGGGCAGUUUUGCUCUCAACCAUUGCCAUUGAGACUGCACAGCAGUUGUUCCUCCGAAUGAUCAAUGCCAUUUUCAGGGCACCACUAUCAUUCUUCGACUCCACACCUUCAAGCCAAAUUCUCAAUCGGUCCUCAACUGACCAAAGCACGGUGGAUACCGACAUUCCUUAUAGAGUAGCUGGAUUAGCUUUUGCACUUAUUCAGCUGUUAAGUAUCAUCAUCCUUAUGUCCCUUGUUGCCUGGCCGAUCUUUUUUCUCUUCCUUGCCAUCCUGGCAAUCUCUUUCCAGUAUCAGUGUUACUACAUCAGUACUGCCAGAGAGUUAGCCAGGAUGCUUGGGAUCCGGAAAGCUCCAAUCCUCCAUCACUUCUCAGAAUCCCUCACUGGGGCUGCAAUUAUUCGUUGCUUCAACGAGGAAGAACGUUUCCUCAAGAAAAAUCUGAGACUGGUUGAUGAUUAUUCUCGCAUUGCCUUUCACAACUCUGCCACAAUGGAGUGGCUGUGUGUCCGGAUCAACUUUCUGUUCAACCUUGUCUUUUUCCUUGUUCUUGUCAUCUUGGUGAACCUGCCAAGGUCAGCCAUUGAGCCCAGUCUAGCAGGACUGGUGGCUACUUAUGGGUUAAAUCUAAACGUUCUCCAAGCUUGGGUGAUAUGGAACCUGUGCAAUGUUGAGAACAAAAUGAUCUCAGUGGAGAGAAUUCUACAAUUCACCAAUAUACCAAGUGAAGCUCCACUAGUAGUUGAAAAUUUUAGAGCAGAACCUGAAUGGCCAACCAAUGGGAGAAUUGAACUGGAUAAUCUCCAUGUCCAAUAUAACCCUUCUCUUCCAAGAGUUCUGAAAGGAAUCAGUUGCACAUUCCCAGAAAAUAAGAAAAUUGGUAUUGUGGGCAGAACUGGGAGUGGAAAGUCUACUCUAAUUCAAGCUCUCUUCAGAGUUGUGGAGCCGUGUGAAGGACGAAUUCUGAUUGAUGGAGUAGAUAUUACUAAGAUUGGUUUGCAGGACCUGAGAUCUAGGUUAAGCGUAAUCCCACAAGACCCAACUCUGUUUCAAGGAACCAUGAGGAGUAAUAUUGAUCCUCUACAACAGCAUUCAGAUAAAGAAAUUUGGGAGGUUCUGGAGAAAUGUCAUCUUGCAGAUAUAGUAAAACAGGAUCAAAGGCUUCUUGACAUGCCAGUUGCUGAAGAUGGGGAAAACUGGAGCUUAGGACAAAGGCAGCUCGUAUGUCUUGCUAGAGUACUGCUACAGGGGAGGAAAAUACUCGUCUUGGAUGAGGCAACAGCCUCAGUGGAUACGGCAACAGACAAUGUGAUUCAGAAGAGAAUCAGAGAAGAAACUAAAAGGUGCACAGUCAUGACAGUGGCCCAUCGGAUACCAACCAUCAUCGAUAAUGACCUUGUUUUGGUUCUUGAUGAAGGCAAGGUUGUUGAGUUUGACACCCCAAAUCAGUUGCUCAGAAAUAAUUCUUCUGCCUUCUCGAAACUGGUAAUGGAGUUCUUGAAGACGUCAUCUACGAAUAACCAUCAUCGGUCAGCUCUGACUUGAUGACUGGCAUAGGGAGGAAAAAUAAUCCAGGCCCAGUUUGUCUGGGAGUGAGAGAUUGUACAUAAAAGGCAGCUCAGUGUGGCCGUUGGAGCAUAUUAAGCAGCUAUGGUAUAGUGGCAGAAAACACGGCGAGUUAAAGAGAUGAAUGCCCAAACUAGAAAUUACAAGAAUUUACAGGCUUCACUUGCACUAUGUUUGGAACUAGGAUUUAUGGAAGCAAAGGAAAAAGCGCAAAAAAAAUAAAAAGGUCAAAACGGAGGACUAAAGAACAUUCCAAAAGCUGUAAUACUGCAGACGGUAAACACGUGCCAAUUACAUCUAUAACUAAAAUGAACAAGAAGUUAGAAUUCA